AUGAAGCUCACCGAAAUCUCGAAAGUUCGAAAAGGCAAGAAAUCUUGGUGCAGACGAAUUCUGAAUCCAAGGGAACCGUUCGACUCAGCCCGGAGAGGUGCCAUUUCCUCAUAUAUCAACUCCUCAACCUUGGCUAGGGUCUCAUACGGAAGAUUCCUCGGUGUGCUGAACAGAACACGUAUAGAUCAGCUGCUGCUAUGUGACUGCCUGCUUUACAAAUUAGAAGGAUCGGGAGGCCGUCGCGGCUUUAUUCAUGAACUAGAGGUCCAUGAAACAGGUUUCCUUUUGAUUUCCAUUUGA